AUGGCGGCGGCGGCGCGGUGUCCGGGCGGGCGGUGGGCGCUGUGCCUGUGCCUGUGUGCGGCGCUGCUGCCGCGGCCGGCGCGGGGCCUCACCGACCGCCUCUACUGCGGCCGCCGAGUCUGCUACGAGGUGCUGGGCGUCAGCCGGCAGGCCAGCAAGGCGGAGAUCGCCCGCGCCUACCGGCAGCUCGCCCGGCAGUACCACCCCGACCGCUACCGCGGGGAGCCCGCGGGCGGCGAGGGCAGCGGGGCGCAGGCGGCGCACGAGAAGUUCCUGCUCAUCGCCGCCGCCUACGAGACCCUCAAGGAUGAAGAAACACGUAAAGAUUAUGACUACAUGCUGGAUCAUCCUGAAGAGUAUUACAGGCAUUAUUACCACUACUACAGCAGAAGACUGGCACCAAAAGUAGAUGUCACAAUAGUGAUCCUAGUUACAGUGUGUGCCAUCUCUGUGUUUCAGUUCUUCAGCUGGUGGAGUAGUUACAAUGAAGCUAUCAACUACUUAGCAUCUGUGCCAAAAUACCGUAUACAAGCUACUGAGAUUGCCAGGCAACAAGGUUUGCUCAACAAGACUAAAGAAAAAGGCAAGAACAGGCGGUCUAAAGAAGAAAUCCGUGAAGAGGAAGAAGAAAUUAUCAAAGACAUUAUUAAAAAUAAAAUAGAUAUAAAGGGUGGUUAUCAGAAGCCCAAAAUAUAUGAUAUCCUUCUAUUUCAGAUCCUUCUUGCUCCUUUUUACUGGUGCAAAUACAUAGUUUGGUACUGUUGGUGGAUUUAUUGUUUCACUAUUAAAGGGCAAGAGUAUGGUGUGGAAGAGAAGUUGUAUAUCAUAAGAAGGUACAUGAAAAUGUCCCAGUCUCAGUUUGACAGCCUGGAAGAUCAUCAAAAAGAGACCUUUCUUGAACGGCAACUAUGGAUACGAGAAAACUAUGAGGUGUAUAAACGGGAACAAGAGGAGGAGUUAAAGAAGAAGAUGGCCAUGGAUCCCAGAUGGAAGAGAUACCGGCGAUGGAUGAAAAAUGAAGGACCUGGAAGACUGACCUUUAUUGAUGAUUGA